UACUUAUUUGGUAAAAAAUCACCUCAACUGGCCGUUUGUUGGCCGCUGCUGCUACGUAAUGGCAGCCGUUGCUGGCCUUUAUGGCCUCGGCGAGGAUCGUCAACAUCGCAAAAAGCAGCAGCAACAACAACAUCACCAGCAGGAGCAACGCGAACAAAAGGAAGAGCAAAAGAAAAUCGCUGAGCGAAAAUUGUUGCGCGAACAGCAACAACAACUGCUUUCACGUGCCUCAUUUGAAGGGUCUUUACCCAAAUUAAGCAGUCAAGACGAAGAAGGGGGGGCAGGUCAUGGGUAUGGUGGGGGGCCACAGCACUUUGAACCCAUUCCUCAUGAUCAUGAUUUUUGCGAAAGAGUCGUUAUAAAUGUAAGCGGGUUAAGGUUCGAAACACAAUUACGAACGUUAAAUCAAUUUCCGGACACACUGCUGGGGGAUCCAGCUCGGCGAUUACGGUACUUUGACCCGCUUAGAAAUGAAUAUUUUUUUGACCGUAGUCGGCCGAGCUUCGAUGCAAUUUUAUACUAUUAUCAAAGUGGUGGUCGACUGCGGAGACCGGUCAAUGUCCCUUUAGACGUAUUUAGUGAAGAAAUAAAAUUUUAUGAAUUAGGUGAUCAAGCAAUUAAUAAAUUCAGAGAGGAUGAAGGCUUUAUUAAAGAGGAGGAAAGACCAUUGCCGGAUAAUGAAAACCAAAGAAAAGUCUGGUUACUCUUCGAGUAUCCGGAGAGUUCGCAAGCCGCCAGAGUUGUAGCCAUAAUUAGUGUAUUUGUUAUAUUGCUAUCAAUUGUUAUAUUUUGUCUAGAAACAUUACCCGAAUUUAAGCAUUACAAGGUGUUCAAUACAACAACAAAUGGCACAAAAAUCGAGGAAGACGAGGUGCCUGACAUCACAGAUCCUUUCUUCCUUAUAGAAACAAUAUGUAUUAUUUGGUUUACAUUUGAACUCACAGUCAGGUUCCUCGCAUGUCCGAAUAAGUUAAAUUUCUGCAGGGAUGUCAUGAAUGUUAUCGACAUAAUCGCCAUCAUUCCGUAUUUUAUAACAUUGGCGACCGUCGUCGCCGAAGAGGAGGAUACGUUAAAUCUUCCAAAAGCGCCAGUCAGUCCACAGGACAAGUCAUCGAAUCAGGCUAUGUCCUUGGCAAUAUUACGAGUGAUACGAUUAGUUCGAGUAUUUCGAAUAUUUAAGUUAUCUAGGCAUUCGAAGGGUUUACAAAUUUUAGGACGAACUCUGAAAGCCUCAAUGCGGGAAUUAGGUUUACUUAUAUUUUUCUUAUUUAUAGGCGUUGUACUCUUCUCAUCGGCGGUUUAUUUUGCGGAAGCUGGAAGCGAAAAUUCCUUCUUCAAGUCCAUACCCGAUGCAUUUUGGUGGGCUGUCGUUACCAUGACAACCGUUGGAUAUGGUGACAUGACACCUGUCGGUGUUUGGGGUAAAAUCGUGGGAUCACUGUGUGCCAUUGCUGGUGUCUUGACAAUCGCUCUCCCGGUACCAGUUAUCGUCAGUAAUUUCAAUUACUUCUAUCACCGCGAAACGGAUCAAGAGGAGAUGCAGAGCCAAAACUUUAAUCACGUUACUAGUUGUCCAUAUUUACCAGGUACAUUAGGUCAACAUUUAAAGAAAUCAUCGUUAUCUGAAUCCUCAUCGGAUAUGAUGGAUUUGGAUGAUGGUGUUGAAUCAACGCCAGGAUUAAGUGAAAUGCAUCCUGGUCGUGCGGUGGCUCCAUUUUUAGGAGCACAACAACAAUCGAUCGAAAAGCAACAGCAGCAGCAGCAGCAGCAGCAAUUACAACAACAGCAGGCGUCGCCGAAAUUGUCGCAGCAGCAGCAGCAGCAGCAACAACACCAACAAGCGCUGCAACUGCAGCAGCAACAACAAAAUGGUUAUAAGCAAGCCGCUACAAGCGUCACCGGUGGCAAUAACCUAACCACCACAACAACAACGCUAAGGCAUAAUAAUGCCCUGGCCGUUAGUAUCGAAACCGACGUUUGACUACUGGACCUGUCGGGUUUUGGGGCAAAAUUGUCGGUUCGCUGUGUGUAAUCGCUGGUGUACUGACCAUCGCACUGCCCGUCC